AUGGCGCCACCCAAGGGACAAAAGCGCACCGCCGACGAGGCGUUCAGAACGAAAGUCGGCGCGCAGAAGGACGUCGGGCGCAAUGGGCCUAAGGGCAAAAUCGUCAACUUUGAGGACGCUUCAAGCAACCUGAAUGGCUCACUCGACGGAGGGGGAGACUCCUCAUCAAACAAGCCGGAUAAGAUGCCCAAACCCGGUUUGAAAGAGCGGGCGCGGCAACUGCACCCCACCAGGCAGGGACUCCCCAUCUACAGCCACGCCGACGAGAUACGCCAGAAACUGAGGGACCACGACGUGCUCCUCCUCGUGGGCGAGACAGGUUCGGGCAAGUCGACGCAGGUACCACAAUUCUUGGUCACGGAGCCGUGGUGCAGGAAGCGGAAGAUCAGCACCGGCGUCAAUGUGGGCGCCAACGUCGGCGGAUGUAUUGCCAUUACGCAGCCCCGAAGGGUGGCUGCCAUUUCGUUGGCGCGGCGCGUUGCUGAAGAAAUGGGCACGCCGCUGGGAAACUCGAGCCCGGCUUCGCAGGUUGGAUAUUCGGUGCGGUUCGAGAAUAGUACCAGUCCAUCGACGCGGAUCAAGUUCCUCACGGAGGGCAUGCUUUUACAGGAGAUGCUGCGGGAUCCGUGGUUGAGGGAAUACUCCGCCGUGGUGGUGGACGAGGUCCACGAACGGGGUCUGAACGUCGAUCUGGUGCUCGGGUUCCUGCGAAGGAUGCACGACCUUCGACACAAGAAGGAUGGGAGAGGCGGUCUACCGCUCAAGGUCGUGGUCAUGAGUGCUACGGCGGAUAUGGAGAAGAUCCAGGCGUUCUUUGGUAUCAAACGCAGUGCUGGCGACAGGGCGCAUGAGGAGGUCAACGGAGGUGAACAGUCCCCAACGGCGAGCUUCCCACCGUCAACUUCUCAGUUUAUCAAAGGGCGCCAGUACCCCGUGAAGGUUCAUUACACGACUGCUCCAGUCCCAGACGUCCUCGACGCGGCGUACCAGCGUAUAGUGCAGAUCCACGCGCACACGCGUCUACCGGGCGACAUACUCGUCUUCCUGACGGGACAAGAGACCGUGGAAUCGCUCCUCGGCCUCCUCACGUCCUGGUCGCAGUCCACUCAGAGAGAUCCCAAGCAGUCGCAGACACUUCCGAAACUGCUCGUCCUGCCGCUUUAUGCCGCUCUGCCCUCGAACAUGCAGCAGCGGGUCUUUCAGCCGACACCUAAGUUCACAAGAAAGAUCAUACUGGCCACGAAUAUCGCGGAGACGAGCAUCACAGUGCCCGGGAUCAGAUAUGUGGUCGACACGGGCAAAGCCAAACAACGACUUUUCCGCCCCUCUCUCAAUCUCGACACUCUCCUCACGGUUCCCAUAUCUCGAAGCUCGGCGAAUCAGCGAUCAGGACGAGCUGGUCGCGAUGCCCCAGGAACGACAUACAGGCUGUACACCGAAGCCGAUUUCUACGGACUAGCCCAGGACACGGAGCCUGAGAUCCUGCGAUGUGACCUCAGCCAGCUCGCCCUGACGCUCAAAGCACAUUCUAUAGACGACCUGGGCAACUUCCCGUUCCUGACCCCGCCGCCACGUCGAGCUCUCGAGCGAGCCCUGAUCCACCUCCUGCAACUCUCGGCACUCGACAGCUCGACCGGCCAGAUCACCCGUCUCGGAAGAGAAAUGAGCGUCCUCCCUCUCCCUGCGAGCUUGGCCCGGGUACUACUCGCCAGCACAGACCCAGCAUAUGACUGUGUAGAGGAGAUGGUCGACAUCGUCUCGGCGCUGAGCGUCGAAAACAUCUUCCUCAACAUCCAGCACCGCACCACUUCCUCCGAAUCGAGCGAUCCACUCAAUCCGACCUCGACAUCCCCCCUUACCGGAGCCGAUGCCGACUCUGAUGCUGAAGAUGGCUCGAGCGAAGCCCGGGCCCAGCAAGCACGGCGCCAGCUCUUCCGUCGAGAAGGCGACCACCUCACCCUCCUGGCGACCAUGCAGGCCUACGCAGCCGAAAACACCGACCGAAGACGCUGGUGUGAGGAGCGGUACAUCUCGCAUCGCGCCAUGAGCGGGGCCAUGGACGUCAGGAAACAGUUGACGGCGUUGAUGGAACGAUACCAAGCUCGGGCCAAGGAUCAGGGCAAGACCAAUGCCAAGACCAAGACAGUUGCCAAAGCACAGCCACAGAAGCUUGAUCCCUCGGUUCCCGAACACCAUGACCCCACGACUCUCUCAGCCCGCAUCCUGAAGUGCAUGUUGGAAGGAUUCCAUCCGAAUGUGGCCCGGCUCUGCGCUGAUGGGAGUUAUCAAACGACACUCACCAAUCAGCCCGUCGCCAUACACCCUAGCUCGGUGCUGUUCUCGGCUCCUUCCCGCGUGGCUGCAGAUGAGAAAGCUGAUGCUGGUGGCAGGACUCAGCCCAGGAAGUUCGAAGCCAUCAUGUACAGCGAGUUCGUUUACACGGGGACCAAGGCCUAUGCUCGUGGCGUGAGUGCAGUGGAGUUGAAAUGGCUGGAGGAUUUACUUUGA